AUGCAAUCAAGCAGUAUUGUACUCGUGUGCGCUGAUAUCCAAAACGAGGAUAUGACAUUCGGCUCCGGACUUGUUGUCGAGGUACAAUUCGAAGGAGGCAUCCCUGUUCAAUCAAAUCCAAUUCACGGAACAAAGCACAUGCCAAUCAACCAACAUCUUUCAGUCGCUAUGCCACUUACAGCUGAGGCAUUGAUUGUUAGCCUUAGCCGCAUGGUUGGUGUCACUCCAGAGCCAAUUGGUCGUCUCCGUAUUCCACUUUCUGAGAUCCAGUGUGAUGGUCAGGCCAUCAACAAGGUCAAUAUACCAUGCAACCAAGGCAAUGAGUUCGCAACCCUCUCAUUAUACGUCAAUGUUCAGCAGAGACCACUCAUUACAGAGAAUUUGGAGCAACCAGGUUUGCUUGCCCAGCCACAUGCUGUCCAGCAGCCAACAAUGUUCCCACAAGCUGGCCCAUCAAUGAUGCCACCAUGCGCUCCAGAAUACAUGGCUCCACCUGCCACAGGAAUGUAUUCUCCAUGCGUUGCUGGCCUCUACAUGCCACCAAGCCCAGGCAUGUUCCCUCCAGAUGCUCAACCAGUCUAUUAA